AUGGAGAUUUCCGGGUUCACCCAAGAGCAGCUCGAUGUACGGGAAGCCGUCUCGAAGAUAUGCUCGAAAUACCCCGACGAAUACUGGAUGGAACACGAUAACUCCGGCGAAUAUCCCCACGACCUGCACAAAGAUCUUGCUAAAGAUGGCUGGAUAGGUAUUGCGCUGCCCGAAGACCUUGGGGGUGCCGGCUUGGGGAUUUCGGAAGCCACCAUGAUGCUCCACACCAUCGCGGAAAGCGGAGCUGGGAUAGCGGGAGCUCAGUCGAUCCAUGCUAAUGUCUAUGCUACACAACCCGUUGCUAAAUUUGCUACGCCCGAGCAAAGACGACACAUGCUUCCGGACUUGAUCUCAGGAAAGACGAGGACGUGUUUCGCCGUGACCGAACCAAACACCGGCCUCGAGACCCUGAAGCUUCGUACGUUUGCCAAAAGGGACGGCGACAGCUAUCUGAUAUCGGGCCAAAAGAUAUGGAUAUCUUCUGCGCAGGUCGCCACCAAAAUGGUUCUCCUCGCUCGAACAACCGCACUGGAGGACGUUAAGAAGCCAUCCGAAGGCCUCAGUCUCUUCUUCAUUGACAUCGAUAAAGCUGCCCCUGGUAUCGAGUUGAAACGAAUCAAGAAGAUGGGCGGACGAGCCAUCGAUGCUAAUGAGGUCUUCUUUGACAACUUCCGCAUCCCUGCUGAUACCCUCAUCGGCAAGGAAAGUCAAGGCUUCAAAAUUGUGCUCUACGGCAUGAACGCUGAGCGAUGUCUUCUUGCUGGGGAGGCUCUCGGCAUCGGCUAUGCAGCGCUGAAGAGAGCAACCGAUUAUGCUCGUGAACGAAACAUAUUUGGUCGGCCAAUAGGACAGAACCAGGGCAUUCAGCAUCCCCUUGCCUCGGCGUACAUGCAUCUUGAGGCAGCGAAGUUGGCCACAUAUCAUGCCGCGAAGCUUUACGAUAAUAGCGGAAUAGAUUCUUCUAUAACGCAGCACGCUGUUGGAAUAGCAUGUAAUUCCGCGAAAUAUCUAGCUGCAGAGGCUGCCUUUACUGCGUGCGAACGGGCGGUAUUGACGCAUGGUGGAAUGGGUUAUGCUCAAGAGUACCACGUCGAGAGAUAUCUUAGGGAGGUUUUUGUUCCUCGUAUUGCUCCUGUCAGUCGAGAAAUGAUCAUGAACUACAUCGGCGAAAAGGCUUUAGGAUUGCCCCGCAGCUAUUGA